AUGCCGUCAGUGUCGUCCGAAGCAUUGGCGCAGUUGGCAGGAAAAGGGAUUGAGCAGAGUGUGAAGGAAUUGGUCAAGAGAGUCAACAUCCCGAUAAACAGCACAACGCCUCCCGACCUUAUUGCUGCUAUCCAACAUGAUCCCUUCAACCAAGCCGGCAAGUAUGGCCUCAUUUUCGUUUACAUCGGGAUCAUCCUGGUGGUGUCCACAACGAUCAAGCGGCUGUACUACUACUGGGGCGACAAGAUCCGAACCGCUCUGUACAAAGAAGAAGUCAUCAACUCUGCCUCGACGGUCAGCCCGUUGGGUGUGUCGCCGAACCAAGGGUUUGGCGAUUACGAACUGCCCAGCGCCAUAAGUGCCGGGACAGAUGGGUCGACGAGACAUUUCUUCCCGUCCUCGGGACCGCUGGUGGCCGAGAAGGCACAGCAACAAGCAGCCGUCUCAGCCAUUGCACCCCUCAACAUCACGAUCGCCCUAUUUCGAUGGGUCUUCUACAGACCCAUCCCAGCUAUCAGGCUGGGCAAGUGGACAUUCACGUUCCCUUCCCUGGGAGUUGUCGUGGUCAUGGCUAUAUGCCUGGUGUCGUCCUUGCUCUACUGUUUCCUCCCCAGUCCACUCUUUUACGCGUCCAUGUCAUACGGAUCUCCUCCGCUGGCAGUCCGGGCCGGGAUGAUGUCUGUCUCGUUGCUCCCAUGGGUGGUCAUGCUGGCCAACAAGGCGAACCCCGUGGCUUUCAUGACUGGGAUUGGAGCGGAACGACUUAUUGUACUCCACCGCUGGACAGCGUAUCUAUGUGUCAUCUUUGCCGUCAUCCAUGCUGUCCCCUACUGGUACCAAUCGGUCACGGAUCCCGCUGGCUUUGCAACGUUCAAACUCUAUUUCAGCCCGCAAUACUGGGUCUACACGACGGGUAUCGCAGCUAUCGCUCCCCUGAUCUUCCUCACGCUCCACUCCAUUCCCAUUCUGCGACACAAAGCAUACGAGCUCUUCGUCCUCUUGCAUAUUCCAGUGGCCUGGGCCUUCAUUGGCCUCAUGUUCUGGCACUGCCACAACUACUUGACAUCAUGGGCGUAUCUCUACUCGACUGUGGCGCUGAUGCUCGUAUCGCUGCUCACCCGGGUCUUCUUCUUGAACUGGAUGAACCCGUUCCGAUCAUCAUGGCUCAUCGGAGAGGAGUCGGCCGUCACCAUUCUGCCUGAGAAUGCCAUCAAGGUCACCAUCCCCACGCAGAAGCGGUGGCGUCCGGGCCAGUACGCCUACUUGAGGAUGCCUGGCAUUGCUCUCUUGGAGAAUCACCCCUUCACCAUCGCAUCACUUUGCAGUGAAGACUUCCCCUCUGAAUACGGCGAGCAGUACCGAGACAUGACUUUGGUCUUUCGACCGUUCUCGGGCUUUACCCGCAAAGUCCUGGACACUUCAAUCAAGAAGGGGCCUUACAAGACUUAUCGGGCUUUCGUCGAAGGGCCCUACGGCGGCAUGCAGCGGCAAAUGGCCUCGUUCGACCAGGUCAUCUUCUUCGCCGGCGGAAGCGGCAUCACUGCCAUUGCGAGCCAGUUACUCGACCUGAUCAAACGCAUGCGCGACGGCAAGGCCACCACGUCCAAAGUGCACGUCGUCUGGGCCAUGAAGCGGCCCGACAUUAUGGAGUGGUUCAAGGAAGAGCUUCGGAUAUGCCGAGAAUGCGCUCCGCCGGGUUCGGUGCAAUGCCAUUUCUUCAUUACGGCAGCCAAACGAUACGAACCCUUGCCAGAGGUCAAGGAACACCGCCUGAGUGGUAUCAGGGACAAGGUCGCUGACGUCCUCGACAAGGCCACGGGAGGGUCCAAGCGCAACUCGGCCCUGGUGAUGAUGGAUCAAGAACCGGACCUCAAGCGCGAAUUUGAAGAUAUCAUCACCGCACUCCCACAAGCCUAUGUCGCUGCUCCUCGUCACCUGGCGCCACCUGACAGUGAACAGGCACAACCAUACUUUCCACCGCCCCCGGUUGACAAACGCGUAUCAACCAUCUCCCAAGCACAGAUCGAAGCUACACGGUCCUUCGACUUCGGUUUCCCUCAAACGCCGACGAAGUUCCAAAAGAACCUCAUGCGAUUCGCCUUUCUCCCUACAAACGUCACAUCUCAGCGACGAGAUGGCUGGCGGACCGAGUACGGAAGACCCGACAUUCCGUACAUGCUCAAGGGAUUGAGCAAGGAAUUUGGACGCCGGACGUGCGUCUAUGUCUGCGGACCCCCGGAGAUGAGGACCGACGUGGCGAACACUGUGGCGCGGUUACAGAGUGAGAUAUGGAAAGACUCGGGUAAGGAUGAACUAUUCUUGCAUGCGGAGAAUUAUGCGAUCUAA